AUGAAAACUGAUACUCGACGCAACAUCCAUCUCUACUACACGUACAUUUCUUCUACCCCCUAUGAUGCUAUGAUAGUGUUGGAUCGCGAGGGCAAGCUAUACUACGCGUCAUUAGGUCAGAACAUCACCAAUUUACAAAACCUUUUAGUCGAAGAUUUCCUGCGCCAGAAACACGUUCAUUUGAAGCCGCUAAGCACAUUACCUGACAAGACUAUGACCUCGAUAACUGCUGACAAGUUCGAGCAAUUACUUCUCAAUCCGAAAAUUCCACAGGACAUACCUAUUGAAAUGAUCUUUGGGACGCGUCUUCAACGCAAAAUUUGGCAAGAAUUAAUGGACAUACCCGUGGGUGAAGUAAGAACGUACGGUCAGAUUGCUGAUAACUUGAAUUUGCUGAAAAAGCAUGCAAGAGUGGUUGGUGCUGGAUGUGGGGCAAAUCGGAUAGCUAUUGUUAUACCCUGCCACCGCGCGAUAGGCACCGACAAGAAGUUGACAGGCUACAGGUAUGGGAAAGACGCCAAAGCGUAUCUUUUGGAACACGAACUAGAGAAGAAGUUCUCCCGAAUGGUUCUUGAUGGUGGGAAAAAUGCAGUGACGACCACGUGA